ACUCACUUGAUUGUUUUGAGGAAUAUCAUCAAUCAAAGAAUAAAGUUCAAGUAGUUAAAUAUUCGAUAAUUGCAAUGCUAUUAAGAACAGGCGAAAACAUUAGGUAUUUGCAAAUAGAAGAAAUUAACAAUAAAUCAGAAGAAAUUACUAAUGUCAGG